AUGGUUAUCGACAUGACAGAAUCAUCAGAGGGAGGCGGGCGUGAGAAAACUGCCUCUGAACAACUUGAGACACACCAGCGUCACGCUAUCACACGGACAAGGUCCGAAUCAUUAACUUCGCGUCCGAAUAGCAAUGGUUCUCCAGGCCACGAAUUAUCCAGAAGAAAUCAGAGGAUCAGAAGAGCGUGUGAUGAAUGCCGAGGGAGGAAGAUAAAAUGCGAUGGAAAGCAGCCAUGCACUCACUGCAGUUCGCUCAACCUCGACUGUAGCUACAAUCGACCGGACAAAAGGCCAACACGCAUCUCCAGAAGAGAGCUUGAAGAGCUAGAGACCAGGUUGCAAAGAGCACGAAACCUUCUAUAUGCUCUUGUACCUGGUUUAGAUUUGGACAACCCGAAGCUAGAUGCUGAUGCACUCGGAAAAUUACGACUGCCUACCAAUAAGACCCAGUCGAGAACAACAACUAGUGAGAAUGGUCCAAAUGCUAACCUGCGGAGACUGCAGCAUAUCAAUACCGAGCAUGAUGUGCAUUUAGAAACUGUUCUUGAGGCGACCGGGAGACUUGAUCUUGAUGAGCUUGGCAACUGGAACUACCAAGGUCAUGGAUCAUCAUCUGCCUUUGUGCGUCGACUAGGGGAACGAUUUGGCGAUAUCACGGAUUCUGGCCUUGGGAAUAAUACGACACUCCGACUUCGAUCAAUUCCCCAAAACUCCGAGUCGCCAGGAAACUUGGAGGACCAAGCAUGCGAUUCGGCAAAGGACUGGAUCCCACUGCCUCCACGAGAUGUUGCACUUGAAUUGACGACAAGCGCAUUCAAGGAGGCAUGCGCUAUACUUAACUUCAUCCACCAGCCAAGCUUCUACUCUAUAUUCGAUCGAUUGUAUCGUGUCGGUCAUGCACAAUACGGCCACGAGGAGCGCAAAUUUUUGCCUCUAUUGUACGCUACUUUUGCUGUGGGCUACCUUUUCUUAAAAAGUGAGCGAGCUUAUUUCGGUUAUGCACAUGCCGUAUCUGAAGGGUGUGUCGAUCUCUUACACAUAUAUCUGCUUUCUAGCCUCUUUUCUAAUCGAAGCAGAACCAAAUACUUCACAGCAGCGCGGCAAAUGCUGGAUAUUACGCAAUGUCGCGAUCUUUGGUCACUGCAAGCAGUCGUCUUCAUGAUCAUCUUUCUACAAUCCUCGGCUACAAUGUCCACGUGUCACUCAUAUGUCAGCGCGGCGAUGACUGCCUCUCUGCAGAUGGGUCUUCACCGCUGUCAACCUGAAGCCAUGAACCCUAUCGAGCGAGAAACUCGAAAGAGAAUUUUCUGGACGAUUCGUACCAUGGAAACCUACAUUGUUGCCAUCCUAGGACUGCCGAGGAUUGUGACUGAUGAUGACGUUGACCAAGAGAUGCCAUUAGAGGUUGAUGAUCAGUACCUGACGAAGCAAUGUGUAGUAUCAAUGCCAGAUGGACAGGUAUCCAUGAUGGCUGGGGUCAAUGCUCACACGAGGCUAAUUCAGAUUUUGGGCAAGAUCGUGACAGAAGUUUAUCCUGCAAAACGAAUGGAAAAUGAGGCGUCUAAAAGCACGAGAGCAUACAUUGUCAGCGAUGCGAAGGUCCGCGAAGUGGAUAGGGCUUUACAGUACUGGGCCAGGAGCCUUCCGAUGCAUUUCCAACCAGGUGCAGACUCGUCAAAGGAACUUUUAAGGAUUCAGCAUUUGCUCCGGCUAGCUUUUACGCACGUGCAAAUUAGUCUCUACAAGCCAUUCUUACAUUAUAUCUCAUGUUCGAGGACAGAUACUCCAACAAGCAAUCAGUGCUAUGCUUAUGCUGCAGCAUGCGUUGACGUGGGUCGAAAUAUCAUUCACAAUGCAAGACAAAUGGAAAAGCACGAUAUGCUCAAUGGACCAUAUUGGUUUUCGAUUUAUACGACAUUCUGUGCGACACUUUCCCUCGUUUUUUAUGUCUGGGAGAAUUCUGGGGUACAAGAGGCCUUAAAGACGCUGAAGGACGCUGAAUAUGGUCGGGACGUGCUUGCAAAGCUUGCUUAUAAAAGUACAGCUGCAGGAAGUCACUCGGAGACAUUGGCAGUGAGUUCAUAUCAGUUGUAA